AUCAAUGGCGUGGAGUCACUUGAAAAGUAUUGUCUGGGAGGUUAUUAUUCUAUUCUAAUUGGGGAUAUGCUUCGCGGUCGAUACUGCAUUGUUGACAAGCUGGGAUUUGGAGGUUAUUUGACUAUCUGGCUGGCUCUGGAUACUUGCCAGCAUCGUUACGUUGCCGUCAUAGUCGGCAUAGCAGGUUCAAAUUCGAAUGAGAUUAAUAUCCUUCGAGCUCUUGCACACCCAGGACAUUAUUCUAUUCCUACUCCCUUGGAUCAAUUUGAACUGGAUGGACCCAAUGGAAUAUAUUUAUGCUAUACUAUAACACUAGCGCGAUGUAAUCUUCGGGAGGUGUCUUUUAGUCGCCUUUUUCCUCUCAAAAUUACGCGGGCGUUGUCAGGUGGUCUCACGCUCGCUAUUGCUUACAUGCAUCCACAGGGUUAUGUUCAUGGAGACAUUCAUCUACGCAAUGUCCUAGUGAGAGUACCGUCCAACUUUGAUAAACUUUCGGUCGAACAAACUUAUGAAGAGUAUGGAGAGCCUCAGACAGUCUCUGUUGCACGAUGUGAUGGCAUGCCGCUUCCACUAAAUAUCCCGGCGAAGGCAGUAGCAGGCGUUAUCGUACGUGUCAGCUGUUGA